AUGGCCCUGUACGGUGUGGAGCCGGCUACAGAUUCUUGGACGCCGAACUCCGUACCAAAGGUGCAGUUUGCAACAGAGGAGAAAGCAACAACGGAAGCUGCUGAGGUUUACAAGAGAUGCAAGCCUGAGACAAAGAAGAAGGAAGAAGGGUCCCAAGAGGAGAGAUUUCUUGAGGAAGAGGACGCGACUCAGAGGAAUGAAGUUCCAAGGCAAGUGGAUGAACAUCUUUCUGAGCUCGCUGGUGGCUACACGCCCCAAUUUGCCACUGCCAUCCGGGACGGUGCUGAAGAAUUAUUUGAAGUAGAUAGAGAAGAAGUAGAAGUACUGGCAGAAGGGCCAGAAGUUUCAGAAGAGGAGCACGAGUUGGUGGAUGAGGAGGUGGACCCUGAAGAAGAAGAUGGCGAGUUGGAAGAGAAGGAUGAGAAGUGGAAGAAGAUCCAACGUGUCCAUCAUAGAUUGGGCCAUCCCGCCAACAAGUACCUCCAUGAUGACAAGAAUGCUCGUCACAUAGCAUUGUCAAUGGUGGAUGCAGCAACGUCCUUUCAUGCUGCACUCCUGUUGAGGAACAGGAAUGCAUCCCAUGUGGCCAAGAAGUUCAUGAGGCACUGGUGCUCAUUGUAUGGAAGCCCAGAGGCCAUCACCCACGAUCAAGGUAGAGAGUUUGAUGGAGCCUUUGUGGGGUGGAUGGAGUCACAGAGUAAAACCUCUGGGGCAAGAUCCCCUUGGCAGCAUGGUUUCUGCGAGCGGCACAGUGCCUUGCUUGGAACAGCACGCACCUCACUCAUCUGGAGUUAUAAGGCAGAGGGCCGGGACCAGAUGAAACACUGCCGCGAAGAACUGCACUCUGACCGGCAGGAUGCCCGUGAGAAGCUGAGAAGGGCUCUUGAUGGCCUCGGGGUGUGGAAACAGAGUUCAGCCCAGGAGACAAAGCCAAAGGCGGCAAGGUCAUCUAUGGCAGAGAGUGCCAAUCAUCAGCACAGAGCAGAAGAAGCAGAAGAGACGGAGAUGAAGCUCCAAGAUGAACAAGUGACCUUAGCCAGGCCACAAAGCCACCUGCAGAGGAGGAUGAUAGCUGGAAGGCAGAAGAAGGCAUGGUCAUCCCACGAGGAGCAGAUCCAAGAGACUUGCCUGCUAGCCAUGCUCAGCAAGGAAGGUAGAGAAGACAGCGAGGAAUGGAAGAAGCUCAGGGAACAGGAGGAGGAUAACCAGGCCUUUGCGGAAGCUUUCUUGUUAAUCAAUAAGGCCAAUGGCAAGGAGCUGGAUCCACGCUUUUUCAACGCACAAGAAGCGGAGGCGUUCAAAGAGGAUUUUUUCAAGGAAUGGGAAAGCUGGAUCAAGAACAAUGUGGUGAGAAGACUCCCCCCUGAGGAGCUUAAGAAUGUGGACAAACAACAUGUUUUCACAGCACCAGCCAGGAUGGUCAGGGUCAACAAGGGAGCCAUGGAGGGCAUCCUCAAGACAAAAAAGCCGAAUGGUCACACAGAUCCAGGAAAAGAGGUUGAGAGGUUGCUGUACAUGAAAGCACCAAUCGAUGGUUUUGUCCAGAAGCCGUGGACAGCACAUUUCGUCAUGCCCGAGUUCCUCUACAAGACACGUGACUUGGCUCAACCUGUAAGUGGGGCCCUUGGAAGAGAUCUGCGAGAUGCAAAUCUGGUCUUGAAGCACAUGAGAACGCAAAAGGUCUUCACGAUCAUGUGCAUAAGACGGGAGGAGUAG